ACCUACCUAGGUAGGCAGUGAUAACCACAGCGGCACAGUAACGUAACCUUGCACUCAUGAGAAGCAAAAGUGUGCUCUGCGCUCUUUUUCCUCCCUAGUCAUGGAGCACGAGAUGUUUAUUCAUCAAGCUGGACUGCCAUCCUGACAUCCUCUUCUACUCGUAUCACAACAAACAUACUACAGCAGCAAGGGGAAGCAAUGUCUGCAGCCUCAGCCUAUCAACAAGUCGUCGAGGACGGCUUCACCUCGUCUUAUGAUGCACCAUCCCGAAACACGACCAAUGGUACGGCGGGCUAUCCUCACUACCAGUGUCGGACCACGGCCAUACCAGUGAUAGAUACUCCGUCGCCGUACUGCGUCGUGCCAGGAGGGUCGCCGAGGAUGGACCAGUGUUGCUCCGAAUUGAGCAAUGGGACUUCCACUCCCCAACUCAAACCGGACUGCUACGUGUGGUGCUCCGUGGAUCUGGUUCAUGUGCCCGGCGGGCAGGACCCGUUGCUACCUACCCUCAACGCCUUCUUUUCCUGUCUGACGGAGGGCAAGGGCACGUACUUUCCUCUGGCGUGCAACAAUGGGACUGGCGGCGCAUCGGUCCCGACAACGUCACACUCAUCGACUGCGACUGCAACGACCACGACCACGACCUCCACAAGCACGACUGCUUCUCCCGCCGCGCCGACGACGACACGUCCAUCUCAAGCCGGCUUGGGUGCUGUUCGGCGCGGCGGGGCUACCAUCGCUGGGUUGUUUAUUUUCCAGGCUGUCCUUGCCCAUGUGGUGGCUUAGGCUAGCUGAUGAAUCCAAUUUCGAAUCAAAAGAGCAUGUCCAUAGUGGUGGUGAGAUUUUGCCGGCGACUUGGCUGUUUCCAGAAACCAUUGUAGACCUGAACAGGGAAUAAUUAAACUUCGAUCUCAAAUUCACCAAGUAAUUCACCG